GUAUCUUGUGACGAUUUGCACAACUGUGAUGAACCGGAAGUGUAUGAAAUAGCAUUUUGUGUGUAGAACUGAUGUCCAAGAUGUCUAUGGCACUUACAAUUUUAGAAGGGAUCCCAAUCUACCAAUCUGUUGGAACUGGAUCAAAGCCAGCUUUGGCAGAUCAACAGAAGAUUGGUUUCUUCAGCCUGGACCGAGCGUCACAAACAGACAUCACAGAAGUGGUUGACCUCAAGGAAAUGACAGAAGUUCUGCAAGUCUUGUUACAAGAUGUAGCUGCACUAAGGAGAGAUAUCAACUUCACUAAGCAUGUGAUGCAGGCUGAUUAUGAAUCAAAACUUAAAGAAAAGUCACUAGAUCUGUACUGCCGAAUAAACGAGCGAGUAUCAGAGUUGGAGAAGUUGCACGAAGAUAGAGUGAAUACUGUCCGUAAUGCAUAUCGGCAACAACUGUCAGAUGCAAUUGCAAGAAUCUCUGCGCUGUACAAAAAAAAUUUUGAGCGAAAAAUGAGGUUAGAGCGGAAUAAACAUAACGCUGGCGCCGACCUUCUGGACGAGAAGUACCGUGAGAUGCAGCAGACCAUUCAGCGGAACGAGGCCGCCAUACACAUGCUCAAACUCCAGCUUGCUCAAUACCAGCAGCAGCCAGUGGACAACAAGCAGUGCUCGAGGUCGGAGAUGACCCGGAGCGGUACCGACCCCACACCUACCCUGCUGCUUGACGAGGAAUCUCUGCGCUCCCGUACUCCAGGGUUGUCAGCCGAGGCAGUAGAGGAGCUCAGGAACAAGAUACAGAAGUAUGAGAAGAAGGUGGAUCGGCUGGAGGAAGCACUGGACAUCAAGGAUGAAGAAACAACGCAGCUCAACAAGGAGGUGGAGACUCUUAUGGAGCAGAUGGAGAAACAGAGAAUGUUGGUGGAGCAGUUGAAACAUGAAAAGAAUGAAAUGAAAGCAUUCGCUGAGCAUGACAAGGCAUCGUCCAAACGGAUGGCUGAUGAACUGCUGGGAUCAGGUCUGGACAAGCAGAAGCAGGACAUGCAGAGGAUGAUGGAAGAGCAGCUCAGGCUGGCCAAAGAGGAGGCUCUUAGAGAGGCAAGGAAGGUGAAACCAGGAUCGCUGGAAGCAGACAAGGAAAAGAUCAAGCUGCUCACAGACCAGAAGAAGAUGCUGGAGGAAAUGCUUGAGCGGGAGAAGGCCAAGAACGCCAACGCCAUCCAGGAGUCGGCGGACACGGAAAAGCUGAAGAAGAGUGAACAGAGGAUGCGAGACGAAGUACUGAGGCUGAAGAAAGAGAUAGAACGCAUUCACAGAACAUGGGAGAAGAAGUUUGCCAUCUUACAACAGAGCUUACACGCCCUCAAGGAUGAGAGUUACCUGCGCCACACGAUGCAGAGGCAGGCUGCAACCCUCCAUCAGGCCUCCGUCAGCUACUCCGUGGACACUCCAGUAGGAAUCGUGCCCACAAAGACUCCAGUCAGCUCCAGGAAACACCCACUGCCUGAUAUCCCGCGCAGUGGCAAGUCUCAGCGUGGUGGCGACAAGGACUACAUCUCCUACACUGUGUCCGCCCCCAGCGGCAGGGGCACAGCCAUGUUCUCUGUAGACGAGAACCAGGUGAUGUCCGAUGACCAGGAUAUGCCAGAAGACGUCGUCCCACUCCCUGGGCCACCGAUGAGGAACCCUACCGAUUGCGGAGACGACAGCCGCCCUUCAACACAAGGUCACGUGGUCGUGUUACCAUCUGUCGAGGCCCAGUGAUAUUCAGUACUUGUCUGUGAGAUACAGGAUCAGUUUUAAGCCAAUGUUGGCGCUACAGUUUCAGGUUUGAACCAAAUGGUUGAACAUCUAAGCUGUGCGCCAUGUUUGUGUUUUGAGUUGGGUCUUCAUGGCAGGUGACUAUUGGACUGGAUCAUGUUUUAAUUAUUUCGGUCAGAAAACUGUCCUCAGUUUUAAAUGUGAGAUGCAAAAUUGGACCUUUAUAGUAUUUACACACACUGGUAUUUAAAUUUGUUUUAAUAUAUAAUGUACAGUUUCCAUAAGUUAUCCUCAUACCCAAACUGAAUGUCAGAUUCACUUCCAAGUAGAUUUGUACUAUUGUUUUCCAUUUGAUUUGUACACUUCAGUGGAUGGAUGCCAGCUUAACACUCUGUACGCUAGGUAUUUGCCCCUGUUUAAACAUACACUGAUGUGGUGUGGUGUGCACAUUUGUGCUGAUGUACAAUUGUUGGUCAUGCUAUUUGGGACUCCAUUCAACAGUUAUCUUCCUCAGUGAAGACACUUUCUGUGCUACAGCUAUACGUUUCUUUAAUCAACCUUUGGUCAUGGGUUAACAGCUCAGCUAUGAGAAGUCUACGUUUAGUCAUUGGUUUACAGCACUUUAAUUUACACGGCUAUGAGAAGUCUACGUUUAGUCAUUGGUUUACAGCACUUUAAUUUACACGGCUAUGAGAAGUCAAUGUUUAGUCAUGGGUUAACAGCACUUUAAUUUACACAGCUAUGAGAAGUCUACGUUUAGUCAUGGGUUAACAGCACUUUAAUUUACACAGCUAUGAGAAGUCUACGUUUAGUCAUGGGUUAACAGCACUUUAAUUUACACAGCUAUGAGAAGUCUAUGUUUAGUCAUGGGUUAACAGCACUUUAAUUUACACAGCUAUGAGAAGUCUACGUUUAGUCAUGGGUUAACAGCACUUUAAUUUACACGGCUAUGAGAAGUCUACGUUUAGUCAUGGGUUAACAGCACUUUAAUUUACACGGCUAUGAGAAGUCUACGUUUAGUAAUGGGUUAACAGCACUUUAAUUUACACGGCUGUGAUAAGUCUACGUUUAGUCAUGGGUUUACAGCACUUUAAUUUACACGGCUAUGAUAAGUCUACGUUUAGUCAUGGGUUUACAGCACUUUAAUUUAUGCGGCUAUGAGAAGUCUACGUUUAGUCAUGGGUUAACAGCACUUUAAUUUCCACGACAACCCAAAUCUAAAUUUAAUCAUGGGGUAAAAUGCCAGUUUUAUGUCCACGACUAUCCAAAGUCUACAUUUACUCAAUGGAGUUUUGCUGCUACAUUCUAGGUCCAAUCACGAUAGUUGGCAUGUUGGUUUGUUAAAUCAUGUUCAGCCGUGCUAGAUUAUGACAGUUUUGUAGCAUGGAGCCCUGAUUCUGUAGACCCAAUCAGCAUUUUUUCUCUUGCCUUUCUCCGAUACCAAACAUUCCGACACAAUGUUGCCUGUGAUAUAUGUGGGUUUACGCUCAGCAUUUUUUCCCUUGCCUUUCCCCGAUACCAAACAUUCCGACACAAUGUUGCCUGUCACAGUGUGAUAUAUAUGUGGGUUUACAUUAAUGUCAUCACCGUCCAUUUAUUACAUAUAUAUUUUGUACAUGAGUUGUUUUUGAACUUGUGAUAUACUGUACCAGUAAGUAUUUUAAGUAUUCAAGCGAUGUCCAUUUGAUUGUUCUGUUGUUUGUUCUUCCAUUCCCCUGCCAUUGAAUAAGUUGUGAUAUUCAAGCACUGUAACAAAUGUUUUACUAUGUAAUAACCAUUCCAGGUACAUUAUGGGAAGUGAAAGGUAUUACUGUAUUCGACAUAAUACGCGCCCAGGGCGCUCUCAAAAUUAGAAAUAGGGGGCUCUUAUUAGAAUAUUAUUUUGGUGAAAAACAACAGAGUUGAAAGAUCAUAAAUUUCGUGAUUUAUGCUGACAGCCUGAAAUGUUUAUAUACGUCAGAUAUAUUUUUCCAGAAUUUAAUUUCCCAUAAUUAAGGAUGCAUAUAACACACAUAUUAUACACAAAUAUUCACCCACCCUGGAAACCACCACUGACAUUGAUGAUACAUUUUCUGUUCUUAUUUUGUUAUUUGUUCACAUGAGCCCCUGACUGUCAUUGCUAGUUCAUAUACCUGUGUUAUAGAUAUGUUUAAACAAUGGGGAUAAAUGGGGAAGAAAUUGAACUUUGCAUUACACUCAAAAUAAGAAGAGUGACAUUUCUCAGAAAUGAAAAAUUAUUGAAAUCUUUGAAAAUAUAUAACAUGUAUACUUGAGAUAGUCAUAAGAAAGAGGCUUUACUUCUAAAUGCCGAUAAUUUAUUUUCAAUUGUUUUUUAUGACGGUUUUUAUAUUGGUCAGGUGUAUUUUGACUUGAAGUUUGCUCCAGUAUUUAUUACAAUGCAGGCAAUCCUAUACCAGGGCUUACCGAUGAUGCCGAUGUCAUGCUAUUGUUGUUGGAGGUAAUUCUUAACCAGGAAUACACUGGCCAUUCCAAACAGAAUGUGAACAAGUGAAACAGAUGUCACUGUAGGUCAUUAUGGAAAAUAAUAGAGAAAUUAUAUUUCAAUCUUAUAAACAAAAUGUUUUAAGUCAAAGAAAUCAGUGGAACCUGUUGAUUUGAUUGAUUUCGCCAUUACAUCUCCAUGUUUGUUUCAAGUGUUGAUUGUAAUGAGAAUUGGGUUGUUUCAAUGUGUGAUCGUUGCUCAUGUCAUUGACCACUGGUUUGUGGUCAUGCAGCCUGCUGUAGCUGGAACAUUGUUGCCUGGCAACAUUAAAUCAUUCACCAGCCUGUUGAGUCGCUGGAAGUCACAGCUGACAUGGGUACAAUAUGUUUCUGUUAGUGUGUAUGCAAUUCAUUUGCUAAAAUGAACUGUGGUGUUCCUGAAGCUGUGAUAAUACAUAACUAUUUAUUGUACAUAGAUGGGUGUUUUCCCCACAAUAAAUACAGACUAGAUC